AGCGACGCUCGAAAGGGGCAGAUUUCUGUCCGAGUCAGAUGAUCGCGGAGACCAUCAUGCACAACACCUCCGUUCACGCCAGCGCGGCCUCCCGCUCGGCGCUGGCGCAGCACUCCGCCGCGUCCGCCGGAAGGGCUCAGCCCAGGCCGUACCGCACCAGGAGCAGCACAGGCGCCUCCAAGAAGAACGAUGUGGAGACCGCGCCGAUGGACUGCGACGUUCAGAUGGACCGCUCCGUGUCCAUGAACGAGCCCGAGUCCCCGUCCUACCACAUGAACCGCCGCUCGUCCCUGUUCGGCGUCUCCGGCGUCGCCGCCGGCCUCGCCACCGUCGUCGCGGCGAACAUCUCGCUCCCGGUGGGCCCCGCGCGGGCAGCCGCCGACCCCAACAAGGUGGUCGCCGUGCCUUACACCCCGUACCAGGUCACCUCCGACUCGAGCGCCGAGUCCAUCGAGGUGGCGAAGCAGCUCAAGGCGGCGGGCGCGAGGCUCUACGGCGCGUUCUGGUGCGAGAACUGCAACAAGCAGAAGGAGCUCCUCGGGAAGCAGGCGAUGGAGUACGUGGACUACGUCGAGUGCUUUCCCAACGGCGUCUACCAGAACUCGCCCGGGCACGAUGACGUGACCAAGCCGGACGCCAUCUGCACCGGGUAUACCAGCGCGUGGCCGCUGUGGGUGGUGCCCAAGCAGGACGGCGAGCCCGGGGACGAGAUCGGCAUCCAGGGGCAGAUCAAGAAGCCCAAGGAGCUGCAGAGGCUCGUGAAGGAGGCGGCGGGUCAGAAGUUCGACGCGGUGAAGUACCUCACCUCGGGCUCGGACGGCUACGAAACGGGCGUGGAGUCCAAGUAGACAAACGGGUGUUUCUUAACCAAUGCGCGGGGGGGGAUAUUACUCAGUGACCAAGACUGCACCAUCAGCUUAUCAUAUUUUAACACGAAUGAUGUAACAUCGACG